AUCCCCUGCUCGGUGUGAGGGAUCUGGGUAGUGCCGGAGAAUCAGUGCUGGCAGACCUUGGGUCUGUUUUGGUUUUGUUUGUUUUGUUCUCAGCAAAGCUGCAGAGUGUUUUUAUAGGGAUGAACUGAAGUGAUUCCAAAAGGACCACGGGAUGAUGGAGGCCCUGUGGGGGGCUUCUGGUCCAGCGUCCUGCUCAGAGCAGAGACAGCUCCGAGGUCACACUAGGGGCUCGGGGCUUUGUCCCGUGAGGUCUGGAAAACCUUUGAAAUGGAGAGUACACCACUUGCUUCUCAGUUUUUCUGUCUCAUAGUGACCUUUUAUCCAGUAGGGCCCUCCCAUGUUCAGGAUGUGCCCAGUAUGUUCCAUCACCCCGCACUGCUGUUGUAAAACUCACUGCGAUGCUUGUGUUAUAUUUGGCUGCUGAAAUUGAAGCAAAAGAAGAGAGAGACUGGGGUUUAUCUCUGCCCUCCCAACAUUCCAGAUUUGGCAUAGACAACACUGCAGGAAGAAAAUGACCCACUGGUUCCAUCGCAACCCUCUGAAGGCUACAGCUCCCGUUUCAUUUAAUUAUUAUGGGGUAACCACCACUCCAGCGGCAACAAAGGUUUGCAAUGACUUGCGGUUGUCUCGAACACGGCUAUUGGAGCUGUUUACAGAUUCAAGUUGUAAUCCAGAAAUUAUGAAGAAUGCAGCUGACUUGUACUUCUCUCUUCUGCAAGGUUUUAUCCUUUCACUGGAUGACUCUUCCCAAGAAUGUAAAUUGAGAUAUAUUCAGAAUUUCAAGUGGACUGACACAUUACAAGGACAAGUCCCGAGUGCCCAGCAGGAUGCAGUAUUUGAACUGAUUUCCAUGGGAUUUAAUGUAGCUCUAUGGUACACAAAAUAUGCAUCAAGACUUGCUGGAAAAGAAGAUAUAACAGAAGAUGAAGCAAAAGGUGUUCACCGCAGCCUGAAGAUAGCAGCUGGGAUUUUUAAACACCUGAAGGAAAGUCACAUUCCAAAAUUGAUUACACCCGUGGAAAAGGGAAGAGAUUUAGAAGCUCGACUUAUAGACUCCUACAUCAUACAGUGUCAAGCUGAAGCUCAAGAAGUCACAAUUGCUCGGGCUAUUGAGCUGAAACACAAUCCAGGCCUAAUAGCUGCUCUUGCUUAUGAAACAGCCAACUUCUACCAAAAAGCUGAUCAAACAUUAUCCAGUUUGGAUCCAACCUAUGCAGGUAAAUGGAGGAAGUACUUAAACUUGAAGAGCUGUUUCUAUAUGGCCUACGCAUACUGUUACCAUGGCCAGACUUUGCUGGUGAGUGAUAAAUGUGGGGAAGCGAUCAGAUCUCUGCAGGAAUCAGAAAAAUUUUUUGCCAAGGCUGAAACAUUGUGCAAAGAAUAUGGAGAAACCAAAGGGCCUGGGACUACUGCCAAACCUUCUGGACAUCUUUUCUUUAGGAAAUUAGGAAGUUUGAUUAAGAACACAUUAGAAAAAUGCCAGAGAGAGAAUGGAUUUAUCUAUUUCCAGAAGGUGCCAGCAGAAGCUCCCCAGCUGGAAUUGAAAGCAAACUAUGGCUUAGUAGAGCCUGUUCCUUUUGAGUUUCCUGUUUUGAAUGCACAUUGGACUCCUGAAACAGUUGCAGCAUUUGAUCUCACCAAGAGGCCAAAGGAGGAUGCUGAUAAACCAAAACCAGAUGAAGAAGUAAAACCUCUGAAGGAACCAAAUAUAAAGCCUCAAAAAGACAGUGGAUGCCAGAUUUCUUAAAUGCCAUAAGUGCUUUGAAUUUGCUUUGAAAUUCUAUUCACAGGACUCUGGGGCUUUUGUUCUGAUCUCCUUUUUUGAUUCUCCUCUUUUCAUUUACAAGGCUAAUUUAGUUUAUCUUUGUUAAUAUGUGUCUAUCUUGCUUUAGAUUGUGGUGGAUUUCUUGGAGAUUAUUUAUAUCUGACUUACUUUUGGUUUCAAUGGGAUAUCAUAGAAUGAGUGGGCUUAAAUGUUCUUAUUGUGCCUCUAGGGAGUUGCUUUUUGUGGGUUUAGUUUUACCCACAAAUAGCAAAGGAAGUAUAAUGGUUGUAAUGCUUGAGGGUUUUUCCAUUACCUUAUAUGCUGUAUCAUGUCCAAUUCUGCAAACAGAAGUUUGCAUGAACAGUUAUAUUUAUUCAAGUUUUGUCGUUCAGGCUUAGAACCCUGUUGUGUUCGAAUUCACCUAUUUGUAGUGAGGGAAGAAAAUCUGGGUUUGGUUUGUAACAGUCCUAUGAUAUGUCACAGGACUUGCACAGAACUUGGCAAACUUCAAGUUCUGCAUAACAGGAGUACAAUUUAUGUUCUGAAACUAUUAGUCUCUGUUCUUUCCUCUAUAGAUGAGGGUUUUUAUAUCAGAAUUUGUAAUAAGGUACCUUAGCUUUGUGCUUUAAUCCAAAUCCCUUAGUAUCAAAGUGUAUCUGAAAAUGAUGCAGCAAGCAAUAUGGAAGUGCUUUAAAGGAAAGCAUCCCUGUGCAAUUCGUUCAGAGUUUUUGAAUCUUCAAAGCUUUGUUAAGUUUGAAGGCUGCAGACAGUUCAAAUCCCCUGCACUGGAAUUCCUGAAGCUGUCAUGCUAAGGUAACGUAUUUGGAAGUUGCUGUGUUUCCAGAUGGGUGGUGUCUAUAAUAAGCUGUCAGGAAAACAGGAGGGAAAGACAAGUUGAAGAGCUGAUAGCAUAGCUGGGAAGCCAAGCUCUAGAUUUUCUUUAUGCCCUAUGUGUAAACAGUGCUGCUUCUCAGGUUUUGCAGUAUUGCACUAAAAUCAGGUCUUUCUGAAGAAAACUUGUGAGAAACCAAGCCCAGUCAAGGCUAAGAAAGAAGCAGCAAGUUCUACAAAAUCCAUUCUAUUUCUGCCUGCUGUGGAAAAUGUGACAGCAUUCUUUAGUGCUGAGCACUGCAAAACGCCCUGGAAAACAAAAACAUCUUUCUGAUUUGUUGCAAAUGCAAAGGCAUAUGAUGCAUGUGUUGACUUGAGAGCCUUGCAAUCCCUGGGUACCAGUUGCUACACUUCUCUUGGCCUGAGAAAGAAACUGAGCAGCCUUCCAGCGAACAUGAUGGCAGAUGUACUUCCUGCGAUGUAAACUGUAAACACAUUCCUCAUUUUGUACUCUUUGUUCACCUUACACUGUGCUGUGAUUCAGUGCUUCUAAAAUCCUUAAUGGGGCUUGGAGACACUUAGCUUAGAGAGCAGGUGUGUAACUCCUUGAAGGCCUGUGAAACAAAAGCUGCCAAGGAGGUUAAUAGGGAACUCAAGACUCUUCCUGAGAUACUGGACCAAAUUACAAAAUUUGUUGAUGCAAAAGGCAAAGAGACUUUUAAUGCUGGCGAUUAUGGGUUGAUCAAAUGCAGACCUCCUUGCUUCCCAUGAUGGAUUUUUCUUCCUGUCAGAUCUGCGCAUAAAACUAAGUGUAAAGUGAGCUGAAUUUCUUUGGAAGAAGUGUCUCUUCUGCAGGAGCGUAGAGGAUAAUGAGUAUCAAGAAGAAUACAUACCUGAAAUGGCUCCAUUUCUUCUGGUGCUGCACAGGGACCUGGUGUACGUUUCAUGAAGAGUUACUCAAAUCUGUUCCUAACUUGAUCAGCUGACUCAUUAGACUUCUUGCAUUGUUAAAAUACCAGCUUAGGUUUUGCCAGAGUAGACUGUGGAGAUUUUAAUUCUAAAAAUGUAUUCUAGCUGUAGUCAUCAACAUUUUCUCAGCCUGCCCCCUUUAAGGAUCAAGAUACAGUUAACUCAGUUUCAUAAUCACAAUUUUUUUAGCUGCUCAUUGUUUUUCAGAAUUCUUUGUCAAUAUAUACACAUCUCAACUGAAUUAGUUUUCUUUCUGUUCAGACUAGACCCCAUUUUCCCUCAUCCCCUCAUUUUCCCUUCUAUCUGCUACAAACUGUGGCACAGACUUACCCUCAUUUGCUAAUGUACUUGUAGGUCCUGCGACUCAUUUCCAAUACAGCUUUUACCCAUGGGUGGGUUCCUGUAGAGGAACAUCUUAAAAUCAAAUUAACAAAUCAUGACUAAGUCAUUCCCAAACAUCUUGGAAGGAAAGAUUAUUUUAUGGACUUGGAAUUCUUUGGACACUUUCUCAAGCUGAGCUGUUUGUAUGAAUCAAGUUCACUGUAAAUAGUUUGGGGCAUAACCAAGUGAAUUGUGUCAGAUGAUGGCAUUACUUAAGCCUAGCUGUAUAACCUCUUGUGCCAUAGCUGUUUCAGUAAAUAUGAUGUAGUAGUUUAAAAAUAGAAUAAUGGAACAAAUUAAUUCACUUAACAUGCAUUGCUUUUCAAGACAAACUUUAUUUACUUGUAGCUGAAAACCUGUGGUAAACAUUGGAUGGUUUUGCCAAAAAAUAAGCUGGAGACUGUUAAGUUUGCAAAGGAGAGAGAGCUGUGAGGCAAUGAGCAGUUUUCUCUUCUGGUUUUCUUGGGUAGUAGCAGGAAUUACUGUAAAUAGGAUAUAGAUUAACUGUCCAGUAUGCUUAAGAAUAUGAGUGAAUGAACUGGGAGUUUCAGUGAAUCUGGAAACCCAGCAGCCAUGUUCCUUCUCUUAUAGCUCCCUGUAGUAAUUUUUAAGAGUGAGGUUUUUUGAGUUGUGACUUUUUAAUAUUCUAAUGCUGCAAGAGCCUGGUUUUGUGGCCUCUCUCUGGUUUUAGAAGCUGUCAUGGCUAAGCCUGCAAAUCAUGUUGGUGUAAAUAAUCUUUAAAAAUUUGUGCCCCAUCUGAAGCAGGACAGAACUGCAGCUGAAUAAAAUACGGAGUGCUGUGCCCUCUGUUUUGUGUUUUAAGAAAAGCAGUGGUUGUCUUUAAUCUACUGUAAACCAAACCAUUAAGCUCUUUGUAGGAUUUCUAUUUAAAUACCUUCCUCUGUGUAUUUAAAUACACUUCCUCCAUGUUUCGUGUUCCUCAGUUUUCAGUAGUUACUCUCUAUCCAGCAUGUGACACAUGUACAGCAGCUGAGGGACUAAACCUGGCCCUUGGAUGCUAAUGUCUGCCUCUCACUGGAUUUGGUAGAGGAGUUUUGCCUGUCAGCCUAGGGAUGGUGUUUGGGCACUUGGAUGCUCAGCAUGGAGCCGUGGUGUGUCUGUAACAAUGAUAGUCAUUCAUACAACAAGCAGGAAAAUGGAUCCCUCUGUCUGUGUAGAAUAGAGACAACUUUGCACUUCAGAAUUUUCUUGUCUUGCAAAUUUGGUACAGUACAAUAUGCUUGUAAAUACUCCUUCCUGUCAUUUUGUUGCACUGAUUUCAGUACUGUGCUGUGGGUUAAGUUUUAAUGGGAAACAUUACUAAAAUGCGUUUUUAAUUGUCUGUGUGUAAAACAAACUGAUAUAUCUGCCUUUAGUAUUGGGGAACAUGAGAAGAGGCAGUAGCUCAUCUGUCUUCCAUGGGAAUUCCAAAAGGUGAAGGCUUUCUGUCUGUUGGCUGUGGGGUAAAACAUUUCAUCCCACCCUGUGUCUGGUAUCUAAACUGAAGUUUCAGCAUUAACAUAAAUCCUAUUCAUGCCUAUGACUUGCCACUAAAAAGUUUCUGUCUCUAAAGAUCACUCUUAAAUUACCAUAUUAGCAUAAGCUGCUUUUUUUUUUCCCUUUUUCUGUUUUUUCCCUGUCACUGGCCCAGCUGAGGGAGGAAUAAAGCACAGUGAGUAAGGUACACACUGCAGGGGCUUUUCCAGUCUAUCUCCAAGUUGUGAGUGCAGUGUAAAGGCCUUUCCACAGUGACCCUUGGCUUGUCUCAGACUUUUCCCUGCUGGUGAUGCUCUCAAAUUCAGCAAAGGUCCCAUAGCAACCCAGGGUACGCUUGAUUAGCUUUUUAUGUAGGAAGGCCUCCCUCCUUUGGUGUUGGUGCCUUCAUGGAUUACAAGCGUCCAGAAGCCAUCCUGUACUCUGAGUAAUCCCACUUCAAUGGAAUCAGCUCUCAGAUCACUGACCGAGCAGUCUUUGUGAAGACAGUCACCAUGCAACCUUAACCUUCAUAGUUGGAAAAUUUAUAUAUAGCCACGAAUUUCAGAAUACCAUUUAAAAUAAACCAUCUUCAAAUAUCAUGUUUUGUUUCAUUAUUUAAAAUUUUACAUACAGUAGCAAGAAAGAGGCUCUGUCUUGAUUGCUACUUUCUGCAAUUUAAUGCAACUUUAUUAUAGAGAAUACUUAAUCCUUGCUUAAAGGAAGACUUAAAUAAAGAAGAUCCAUGAAUUGGGUGCCUAUGGAAGUAGUAGCUACAAUGAAGCAUGUUAAGUCCCGAGGCAGGAAGUGAGGAGACGGGCUUUCCAAAUGCUUGUUAAGAAAAAAAUAAAGUAAUUAGGCAGAAUUUCUUAUGGCUGUGCAAAAUCCCAGUACUUGCCAAGGUCUAUGUCAAGGGGGUUUUUGGGGAUAACUUCUCUGAUAUUCUGGCUGAAGCCUCACUAGCACAGCAGGCUCAGUCUUCCCUGUCUGAACCAGACAUGCAUCUGCUGCUGUCUCCAGGAGUCCCAUCUGUCUCUCAGAGCUAUGUGGUGGUCUUUAAUAAUUUUGUUUCAUGCUUCCAAUCUUCCUGUCUGGCUUUUUCAAAGAAGGACUCGUUUGCAAUGUCCGUGUUUAUGGCCCCUGGAAUGUAAGGCUGCCCUUGCUUUGUUGAGUUGCUCUCAAAUCUCAAGAUCAGGGACCUUGUCCUUUGUGACACCUGGACCCUCUCAUCUGCUUGCCGUGCUUCCCCAGUUUCUGCCAGCAUCGCUUAGUCAGUACCUUCUCCCCAUUGUCAAAACCUGCAUAACAGCACCAACAGAGCCUUCUUGAAUGUAUCAACAAUUCCCACCGGACCCUGCUGGAGUGAUGGCCACAAAGGGGCAGCAGAGCUUGUGUUUUCAUGCUGUUUUUCCACACAGCUGCCUAGCGCAGUGUGCACCUAGGACCAGCACUGCAGCUUUAAAAUGGAAAGUGUGUCACAAGUUACACCUUCUACAUCAUUUCAUGUGAAACAUCUCUGUAAUUACUGACAGGGGGGGCAUUCAGGAGUCCAUGCAUGCUCUGUGACCAGGAGAGCAGCUAUCCCUCCAUUGAAGACAUUGUCAAGGCCAUGGAGCAGCAGCACUGACAAACACAGACGGUUUCUUACCAUGUGUCCUAGCAGCUGCUCUGUCCCUGGCCUGGCAGCCUCUCUAGGGCAUCUGCCCUUUGGGAAGAAGAUGCUGUGUACAUCUCUGUGUGUGGAGGAUCAUUAAUGGGACAUCAUGCCAUGAUCAAUAUGAUCAAGUGCAGCCAAUUUAUUACAAAAAGCAAGUUAUAUUUAUACUGUUUUCUAUUGUUCACACCUCAAGGUAAUACAUGAUUGGUUAAAUCCUUUUACAUAUGCAUUUUAAUUUUUCAGUUAAUUUUACGUAGUCUUUCUUCUUCAAGUGUUUCGCUGCAGUUUUCUUGUCUGCCUUUGCAUCCUGAACUGUCUGCUUCUGAGUGUGUUCUUCUUUCAUGUCCUUCAAGGGCAUAGUGGCUUUACUCAGUUUCUCUGAAGGGUGGAUUGUGCAUAUGUUGUACAUGUCCAUUGUCCUGCAAAAAACUCUCAACAUCUGUGGGGUUUCUCUGGUGUCCUGGGCUGGGUUUCCAUGGCAAGGAUUUGUUGUGGGAAGGUUGCAGGGGCAGCUUCUGUGAGCAGCAGCUGCCUUCAUGUUGGCCAGAGCCCUUUUCAGCCAGCCCCAAGACAGAGCCACUGCUGGCCAAAGCUGUGUCCAUCAGUUGCCUGCUCAUGGCUGUGGGGAAAGGGCCAUGAGGUGGAUAGUGAGGCCUUAGACAGCUGGAAAUGUGAACCAAGGGCUUCUCUCCUCUGCAAUCUGCCCUGCCAGCAUGCCCCAGUGGGCUGGGGGUGCACAGGAGGCUGUGGGGGGACACAGUGGGGCAACUGACCCCCAGUGACCAGAGGGAUUUCCCACAGCAUAUGAUGCUAUGCUCAGCUGUCAAACCAUGGGGAUGGAGGUUGGCAGGGGCUCAGAAACUGGCUGGGCAUCAGUUUGUUGUUUUUCUUGGGUUUCGAAGUUUUUUUCUCCCUCUUGUUUGUGGUUGGGUUUUUUUUGUUUGUUUGGUUUGGUUUUUGUUUGGUUUGGUUUAAUUUAGUUAAACUGCUUUUAUCUCAACCCACCAGUGUUUUUACCUUUCUGAUUCUCGCCCCCAGGGCUAGGAAAUGAGUAAGUGGCUGUGUGGUGCUCAGCUGCCAAGCAGGGAUAAAUCAUGACAGUCCACUGUAAAACCAUAACAGCAGUGCCCUGUGCAAACAACAUCUGAAUGAUGGGACACAAGCAGCAUCUGCAGAUCAGGACUGCAGCAGGAAACAGGAGCUUUAGCUGUGGAUGUCUAGAAAAAAUCACGAGUGUGACAAGAAAUCUCCACACAGGAAAAUAUGAGUAUUAAAAAUGGAGACAGCCACAAAUACAGGAGUUGUGGUACUCACAAAGACCACCAAAUUAGUCUUCCUGUAGCCACAUUUAAUGACAAAACUGAGGUUGAUGUGAACCGUUUGUCUGGAGAGCUCAGUCAUGAAGUUGUGAAUCUGUGGAAUAAAACAUGGACCUUUACUAUUUUUGUCUUGUUUGGUUUGACAGGCUGGCAAACAGGAUACAGGUGAUGUAUCUCCCAGACUUGGUUCUUACCAAACUCAGUGUAUAGCUGUUGCAUACACUAACUAGUCUAUCAAAAUCUGCCACCCAUGCUAGGAUUAUUUUAAGUGAAUAAUAUAUUAGCUGAAUCAAGCCAGUCUGAGGAGAUCAAUUAAAAGGGGCUACAGGUUUUCUUUGUAAGGUGGUAGACCAUAUUGCAAGCUGAAUGGUACAGAACUGUGUUUGGUGCAACCUCACAAAUUAACUUGGUUUUAUGCUCAAAAUUAAAGCUUUCUUGUUUCCAUAGUUCACAGUUGGAGUCUGUAUCUCUGGUUUGGGAUAGUUUGAAUUGCAACCACUUAAUUCCUUAAGAAGUUAAAGUUUUUUCUUUCCUUUUUUAAAAAAUUUUAAUAUGAUUGAUUAAUUUACUUUAAGGAUGCAUUAAAAGGAAUGCAAUCACUACUCAAGCAACAAAGCUAGCAUAUUGCUAUUUUUUCUGCUUCUUUUAAUAGUUACUGGUGGUGUCUAAAGGGAUUAUCACCAGUAUUUAAAACCCUUGAUGAUUUGUAAAGUUAGCUAUUUUAUUUUGUUCAAAUGAUACAAAUUUUAUCAAUACAAUUCAGACUACAUUGCAUAGUAUCAGCCCAUCAGCUUUUUCCAAAGGUUACAUUUUUCUGUACCCACAAAGGAGCUUUUGCAUGCCCAGAUGCAGCCUUUUUGGAUAAAAACAGCAGAAAACCAUGGUUUUCAUACAGGUAUACAGCAAUCAGUGUGUGGUAUGUUAGGUAUGGUACGAAGUUGUCAGGACCCAGGACAUUCCUCUGGCUGCCCUCUGUGAUUCAAGACCCUGGCAAGGGGCUCAGAGACCUUGGCACGGAGUCAAAAACACCUGUGCCUUUGAUUUUAGCUCAUGGAAAAAAUUACCAUCUUUGAAGAUUUACAAGCCACAAGAGUUUGAGUAGAAUGAUAGUUAAUUUGUCACAGGGUGAAAAAGUAGAAUUUUGGGGUUUUAGAAUGGGGGUUCAAGAGGCAAGAUGGAGGAAUCUGGGCAUGUCCUAUCCUUCUUCUCCUUCUUGCCCUCCAUCUUCUGCUGUGAUGGUGACACUUCUGAUUGGUUUAGAGUAGAGACAGACUGUCUAACAUAGGUGAUAGGUAUUGGAAAAUUAUUGUAAGUAAAGUACAUGUAAUUCUUAGUAUAAAAUGUUAACACCACCCCAAAGGCAGGCAGUGUGUGCCACAACCAGACCUGCAUAACAGAUCUCAGCAGGUCAGAGAAAGAAUUUAAAGGUAAGAAAAAAGAAACAACCUUGAAAAGCAGAACCGACGAAUCUCAACUUCUUCUUCGGUUGUGGGGUUGGGAAAAAGGAGACUUUCUAAUACCUCGGGGGUCAUCACAAUCACAGAAACCUAAGAUUAAGUUUGUGCAAACUUCACAGGUAGACCACUGUGGCAGAAAGCAUUUGCAGAAAAAUCAGAAUAGGAUUAUUCUAAUCAAGAGUGGACCAAGAAAGAGAAGUCAUUCUUGUCAGGUUUGUUAAAUUUAAACCAUGUAUCACUAGAUUUAGUCAGCCUGACUAAGGACUUUCUUGCUCCUGUAUUUCAAACUGCAGAAACUUUUAAGUAUUAAUAAAUUGACUGGAAAAAGAA